UGGGGAUGUCAUAGCAGAGGCUCAGAACAGUCUGUUUGUUAAGAUAAGAAUUCUGUAGAGAGGAAAAGAGAAACCAAAAAGAGGGACAGAAAUGGCUUCAGCUUCUCUCUUCAAAUCAUCUGCAGUUCUUGACAAAUCUGACUUUUUUAAGGGUCAGUCCCUUCGCCAACCUUCAGCCUGUGUUGGUAGACGCAAUGCUGUCGCUCCUUCAGCUCUUACCGUUAGAGCUGGUUCUUAUGCUGAUGAGCUUGUCAAAACCGCGAAAUCUAUUGCAACUCCUGGACGUGGAAUCAUGGCCAUGGAUGAGUCAAAUGCAACCUGUGGUAAGCGUCUUGCAUCAAUCGGGUUGGAAAACACCGAAGCAAACCGUCAGGCAUACAGGACCCUCCUUGUAAGUGCUCCAGGUCUAGGCAACUACGUCUCUGGUGCUAUCCUCUUCGAGGAGACACUCUACCAAAGCACAGUCGAUGGUAAAAAGAUAGUCGACAUUCUUGCUGAACAGAACAUCAUCCCCGGUAUUAAAACCGACAAGGGUUUGGUACCAUUGGCAGGUUCCAACGAUGAGUCAUGGUGCCAGGGUCUUGAUGGCCUAUCUUCUCGUUCUGCUGCUUACUACCAACAGGGAGCUCGUUUCUGCAAAUGGCGUACAGUAGUGAGCAUUCCUAACGGUCCAUCAGCACUAGCAGUCAAAGAAGCAGCCUGGGGUCUUGCUCGCUACGCUGCCAUUUCUCAAGACAACGGUUUGGUCCCAAUUGUGGAACCCGAGAUUUUGCUUGAUGGUGAACACGGAAUUGAGAGGACCUUCGAGGUAGCCCAACAGGUAUGGGCAGAGGUAUUUUUUUACCUUGCACAGAACAAUGUCAUGUAUGAAGGUAUCCUCCUCAAGCCUAGCAUGGUCACUCCCGGUGCUGAGUGCAAGGAAAGAAACACACCCGAACAGGUUGCUGAUUACACCCUCAAGCUUCUUAACCGAAGAAUUCCUCCAGCUGUCCCUGGUAUCAUGUUCUUGUCUGGUGGGCAAUCCGAAGUCGAAGCAACAUUGAACUUGAACGCAAUGAACCAAUCCCCUAACCCAUGGCAUGUAUCAUUCUCAUAUGCUAGAGCACUUCAAAACACCUGUUUGAAGACAUGGGGAGGAAGACCCGAAAACGUGAAGGCAGCUCAGGAUGCCCUGCUCACUCGUGCCAAGGCCAACUCCCUAGCUCAGCUCGGUAAAUACACUGGAGAGGGAGAGUCUGACGAAUCCAAGGAAGGUAUGUACGUGAAGAAUUACUCCUACUAAUCAAUUGGUAUCGAGACCUUCCGAUGAACAAGAAGAAGAAGACGUGUCAUGAUAAUUAAGUUAUCGGAGAAAGGUUUUUCUUACCGUGUGUUAUGCGUAUAAUUUGUCGAGACUAUUUUUGUUCAUUAAAUGUACUUUUACCCGCUUAAUAAGUUUCUUGCUCAAUGAAAUUAGUUAGUUAAUUAGCAUGCAAGCAUAUCAUGCUUAAACUCGGAAGUAAUCUCCUGAUUCUCAUA